UUGAGCUCCAGGCAGAUACUCGCUGUGUGUGUGUAGACUGUAGUUGAGAUUUUUAGGAGGCUGAGGUAGUGGGACGUGCAUUAUUUUUCGGAGCAGAACCGACUGCGAGUCCGCGUUUCGGAAAAAAGAGCCUCUCUAUACUCAUCUCUGGAGGUUUUAAACAGAUUGACCCGUCACCAUGACAACAGAAGCAGGCUCUGAGACAGAGGUGAAGGAGAAAGCAGAAGAAACAGCUGCUCAGAAGGACCAAUCAGAUACGGCCAAGCAGGAAGGUCAGGAAGUAGCAAACGUUGAAGGAGAGGAGAAGGAAAGGGGCAAGGAGAAGGAAAAAGAGGGCAAAGAAGGCAAAGGGAUAACUCGAUACCUGCCAACAUGGUUUAAGAAGCAGAAAUCUCAAAGCCAGACGUCUCCAACAAAGGAGGUCCCACCGACAGAGGAACCUGUAAGCAAGGGAACGGAGGGAGCGGAGGAGCCUGUCCCGGAGCUAAACGGUCACGCCGAGGAAGUGGAAGAGACACAGGAAAUAAAGUCGGAGGAAGUGAAGGAAACAAAAGAAGCUGAAUCUGGUUCCAACGCCACUGCAGACACUGAGCCGGCCAAGGAAGAGAAGGUGGAAGACACUAAAGAGAAAAGUCCAGAGAAGACCAAAGAGGCUGCAGAGGGAGAAGAAGCAGAGAGGGAGGAAAAGAAGAAAGAGUCUGAAGGACACGUGGAGGCUGAAACAGACGGUGGGGAAAGCCAGACUUCCAUUUUCCAGUCUCCUCUUCGCCUGGUGAGGAAGAACAAGAUGAAGGUGGUGGUGUGUCAUGUUACCCUCCUGGAUGGGACCGACUUCACCUGUGAAGUAGAGAAACGAGCUAAGGGGCAGUACUUAUUCUUCAAAGUGUGUGAACAUCUAAAUCUGUUGGAGAAGGACUACUUUGGCCUGACGUACAAGGACAACCAUGAUGAGAAGUGUUGGUUGGACCCCACCAAGGAAAUUAAGAGACAAAUUCGCAGUAACAACUGGCAGUUUGUGUUCAGUGUCAAGUUUUACCCACCGGACCCAUCGCAGCUCACUGAGGACAUUACAAGAUACCUUUUGUGUCUGCAGCUGCGGGAGGAUGUUGCUUCUGGACGGCUGCCUUGCUCGUUCGUCACCCACGCCUUGCUGGGGUCAUACACGUUGCAGGCUGAAUUUGGUGAUCAUGAACCCGAUCAGCCCCGCCCUCUGGACUUCAUCAGUCAGCUGAAGCUCGAGUCCAAUCAGAACAAAGAGAUGGAGGAGAAGAUUCUUGAACUCCACAAAUCCCACAGGGGAAUGACACCCGCACAGGCGGACCUGCAGUUUCUAGAAAAUGCCAAGAAGCUCUCCAUGUAUGGGGUGGACCUGCACCCCGCUAAGGAUUCAGAGGGAGUGGAUAUCAUGCUAGGCGUCUGCGCUAAUGGACUGCUGGUGUACAAAGACCGACUGCGGAUAAAUCGGUUCGCUUGGCCCAAAAUCCUGAAGAUCUCGUACAAGAGGAACAACUUCUAUAUCAAGAUCAGACCAGGAGAGACGGAGCAGUUCGAAAGCACUGUGGGAUUCAAACUCCAGAAUCAUCGAUCUGCUAAAAAGCUGUGGAAAGUCUGCGUUGAAAACCACAGCUUCUUCAGGUUAAAUGCUUCAGAGACUCCUACCAAGGCCCGCUUUUUGACCCUGGGAUCCAAGUUCCGCUACAGUGGGCGAACUCAGGCCCAGACCCGGCUGGCCAGUUCCCUGAUAGACAGACCAGCACCCAGCUUUGAGCGCACCUCCUCUAAACGCAUCAGCCGCAGUCUGGAUGGAGCUCCAAUGAUCAGCAUCACUGAGGCUGGAAGUGAGACGGCUGAGAACGGACGGGACCCUCAUCUAGAGCUCCACUCUGACUCCAAGAGCCCAUUGAGAGUGCAUGGGGACAAUAUUUAUGUGAGGCACAGUAAUUUAAUGUUGGAGGACCUCGAUAAGACCCAAGACGAGGUUCUGAAACACCAGGCUAGCAUUAGCCAGCUCAAGCGCUCCUUUAUGGAGGCACCACCUCCCUCUCCUCCUCAGCCCAACCAGUGGGAGAAACGUCUCACCUCCUCUCCUGCCACCACGAUACGUGUCCAGCAGCAACAGUUGAGCCUUGAAGACGAAAUAGCUUCAGUGCUUCUCAGCAGACGCUCUGCUGCCGAGUGCUGUUCAUCCACUCGGCCUCCCUGCAGUGCUACUGAAUCAACACUAGAAGGCGCUGUGACCACAUGCUCAGCUGCUGCUCCCACUGCUGUCUGCACUUCGUCUUUGUCUCAUCCUGUCUCUGCACUUUCUGCCACUGAGGUCAGUGUUCCCCAAACAGAAGCCUCUCCAGCUGAUAACCCCAGCUCUGAUACCAAAGAACCUGCAAAGACCCACGAAGUUGAAAUCGAGGAAACUAUUGUCAUCCAAGAAGUUUCCAGAGCAGCCAAAUCCGGGGCUGUGACCAUUACGGUCGACUCUCCUGUCAUCCCCCCUGCCGAAGAUGAACCUCAGGACCAGAAAGAGAAGGUUGAAGAGGAAGCGACUGCAGUGGAGGAAGUAGCGCCCACGAAGCCAGAGGGGGCUUCUUCUGAGAGCCAGAGUGAGGAGGAAGCAGAGUACCAUGCUCAUGUUCCAGCAUCCAUCUGUCAAACUAAAAUACCAGAAGAGAAGGAGGAGGAAGAGGAAGAAGAGCAGAUAAAGAAGGAUGAGGAGCAGCAAGUGUCUGCUGCAGUUGUUCCAUCUCUUGCUGUAGAGGUCACCCAGCCCACAGAAGAAACCAAUCAAGAAGAAGAGUCCAUUAAAGAGGAGACCAUGGUAGAGAGGAAAGAUGAGAAAGAGGAGACAAAUGUAGAGAAGACAGAUGAGAAAGAGGAGAAAGAAAGUGGACGAGAGACUGAGGAAAGUACGGAUGAUCCAAUGGUGACACCUGAAGAAUCUCCAGAUGGCCUCAUCCAUGCUGAGGAGACCAAGAUGGCCGAUCCCACAGAGGAACAGGAGCAGCCUAAAAUGAACGGAGAAGCCUCGCUGGUUGAAGUGGAUCCCCGGCCGCAGGUUAUAUGUUGCUCUGAGCCGCCUGUGGUAAAAACAGAAAUGGUGACUAUAUCAGACACGUUUGCUGCCCAGAAAACUGAGAUAGCAACUAAAGAGGUGCCCAUCGUGCACACGGAAACCAAGACCAUCACAUACGAGGCCGCUCAGCUGGAUGGUAAUGGUGAUGGUGAACCUGGAGUGUUGAUGACCGCUCAGACGAUCACAUCCGAGUCUUUGUGUACCACCACAACCACACACAUCACCAAGACAUUAAAGGGUGGGCUCUCAGAAACGAGGAUCGAGAAGCGCAUUGUGAUCACAGGCGACUGCGACAUUGACCACGAUCAGGCAUUGGCACAGGCCAUUAGGGAGGCCAAAGAGCAACAUCCUGACAUGUCUGUUACCAGAGUGGUUGUUCAUAAAGAAACUGAACUGGCUGAGGAGGAGGAUUGACUGAACUCAGAACUGAAAGACCAGCAGUGACUCUUCCUUCUUCCAACAUCAUCUUCAUCGCUCUACAACGACCAACCUGGACUGCCAAAGGGAGUGAGAAGGAGGAGUUUCAGCCGAGGGGGGCAGAGGAUGCCGCUCUCAUUCUGGAUGGUCUUUAAGACAUUUGUUUUGGUGCAUUUCAACCCCUUAUUGCUAAAGGAGAAAAAAUAUCCUCACUCUCUGCAGGAACAAAAAGAACCACUUUGUUAGCUUAACAUUUUUACCUUCUAUUAUUUUAUAUCGGAGCUGUAGCUUUACCUGUUUUGCAAUAAGCGAGAGAAUAUAGUGUCUGUCAUGUGUUGCAGAUAUCGAACCAACACAUGAGGGUCAUGAAUCUGUCUCUAUUAUAAUAUCUGUAAAUUUCAUUAAGGUAAAACAAAGUGAAUAACUUCAGAUUGAAAUAACCUUCAUCCAGAUUAUUUUGAUAGAAAAUGACGAUUUUUUAAUGGAUUCCUUUAAAAAUUAGCUUUUUAUUAAACUACAGAUCCCAUUUCCCCCUUAAAGAAUCAGCGUAAAUGCAAAUAAAAGUAACUCAUGAAUCUGGUUUGAAGAAGAGAGAAACAAACCUGUUCUUUCUUUGGUUUUUUACAUGUUAAGCACUCAGUAGACUAAAGCUAUUUCACAUAAAAAAAUAUAAAACUUUCUUUUUAUUAACUACUAAAGGGAGGGAGCUGUGAGCUGCAUAUGGCAGUAAAUCAUCCAGGGUUUUGGAUUUGAUUUAGUUUUUGUUUUUGUUGUAAAUGUAGCUAUUCAUCCACAUUCCUCUUGUUACCAGCUGAUGAGUCAAUUCAUCUUCAGUUCAGCUUACUUUUCUUCUUUUUUUUUUACUCACGUUUGAUGACGAUAAAUGAAAUGUAAAACUACCUAAACUACAAAAACAGAUUGGGAUAAAUUUUGCAAUCUUUUUUUUAAUUAUUAUUUUUCCUUUACGCUGAAGAUGAAUUUGAACUGAAAAUAAACAGACUUAGAUGCGGGUUGAUACAUCUCUUGUACGAAACUAAAAAAGGAAAAAAAAAUGAAGAUGACAAUAAUAAGAGCAGCUUUCUAGUAACUUGGCGACUCCUUGGGUCUCCUCCUUCGUCAACACUAACUAUUCCUAUUGGGCCCCAGGGCAACAUGGGAGAUUUAACUGAUAUUUUAUUGGGAGAGACGCCUGGUAAACUGGAUGACAAUUGGGAGAGAGCCAACAAAUACCUCGUGAAUAAAAACCAAUUGGAGCACUGAUACAAGUUAGCCUUACUCUGUGCAUGUUCCAGCACAUAUCUGCCGUGUUUUCUGAGCAUAAUACCUUUAUGCAUGAUUACAUUUCAACUAAAUCAUUCACAAUGAGGUUCACGCUAGGGAGCAGCAAAGGUACCAAAAUGAAGCAACUUGAAGCUCAUUCUGUCCCAGACUCAGAUUAAUAACUUCUAUGCGCUCACUUUUACUGCUAAUCUGUUUCUAGUCGUAGUCCUUCUCCACUUAAUCCCAGCUGCUUCUCACAUCCCACUAUGUGCAGCAACCGUUAAGACGAUACGAUUAAAUUCAGCAUGCUUCACGCUUUUUAUCUGCCAGUCUAGGGUAGGAUGCUGCUGCUGUGUUGACUACUUUAGGUAGAAGAUUAAAAGCCCAGCUCUAAUCAUCUAACUUUAACAGCGGAUUUGUUGUAGCUGUUUUAGUGCAACAGUUUCUGCUCUAUUCAGAUGUGUUUUUCUAAAAGAUUAUUGCUGCAUAAAAUGCUAGAGAGGUAAAACAGCUUAAAGGUAAGCAUCUUAGUGCCCUACCUCUGCGUAGAUCAUUAUGCAUUUACAUGUUGCAGAAUUUCACCAAAUCACUCCUUUUCUACUGUUAGAAGCUUAAAGAAAAUACAUGUUUUUAUGUUUUUAAAUGGAUUCAUAAAAUAAAAAAAAAUCGCACAUUCCACAUAACUUUAUUGAAAUUAUUUUAAUUUGAAAUAGCACAGGUUUUCCAUAAUGAUCCAGUCUGGAAAGUAAAGCCGGUCUAGUGAAGACAAGGCUUUCUAAACACAGGUCCUACUUCUACUAUGCAGCUAAAAGACAUUCCAUGUGGGGGAGGAGUUUUAACUUCUAUUCCUCUUGUAAAACAAACAAAAAAAUAUAAAAAAAAGAAUAAAAAUCUUCUGGCAGCUUCGGAAGCUGUUAAUUUAAUCUCAUUAAAUGAAUCCAUAUUGCCGCAUCAGCUGUAUUUGUAGAGUCUUUCACAGUUUUUUCAACUGGGACGGUGGGAUCUGUUGCUCCACCUUCCUGAUUAUUUGUAUUAUUGCCACUGUGUAUGUCGUUGACGAUGAAGAAAACCCACUAAAGAUCAAUGUCUGUUUUGUUUUUUUACCACCUCUUUCCUGUUUGGGGUUCUGGGCUCUUUCAACCAAUCACAGGAGCUUUGGGGCUGUCAGGUUAACUUUUCCAAAAUGUUUGCAGCUUUAAUAAAAUAUUCAUUCUACUUUUCAUUUUGAUUUUAAAAAAGACAUUUUAAUGGAUUUUAACAGUAUAUUUAAAACUCUGUAUUCUUCACGCUUAAAUCUCAGGCUUUAUUUACAAUGAUAGCACAAUUUUAUAUCUGCCUCGCCAGAAGGAAAAAAACAAGCAAAUAUCUAAAACACUUUUCUAAAGAAGCCCAUUUUGGAGAAAUGAACCAGCCACCUCUUGCUUCCUGUUUACAUCACUGGUAGGUCAUUUUGUCUAGCUGCAUAAUCGUGUUGUUUCCACAUGCAGUCACUUCUUGCCCCUGUGUAACACUGUUCAAAUAAACGAUUGUUAUACUCUACAAA